CACACACACACACAGACAGACACACACACCAUUACCUUGUGCUCGUUUCUCUGCCGCUUUUCUCACCAUCGCUUUUUCCUCCGAGGUCAGUGUUUAAAGCUGGUAGUUGAGACGAGCUGUCCGGGCUGAUGCUGGCGAGGAGGGUGAUGUCGAUGAGGAGGAGAUGCUCCUCUUCACCCUUCGGGGUGUCCGUGCUGCUCAUCGGUCUGCUCCACAUGGACCACCUCCACCGUGUCCGCGCGCACGUGCAGGACGCGUCGCCCCCCGCGGACUCGGGGCCGAACCCCUCGUCGAUGGGGGCUAGCCUGACUCCGGGACACGCGACCUUGAAUGACAUGUUCAGGGAGGUGGAGAAGCUCAUGGAGGACACGCAGCACAAGCUGGAGGAAGCCGUGUACAAGAUGGACAACGAGAGUGCCAAAUCGAUGCUGUAUCCGUAUGACCUUCCUCCUCGUUCCCAAGAGGAGAGGAGCCCGGAGGAAAAAGGUGGAGAUGAAUCGGGUCGCACCGCAGAGACGAUCGAUGAGGCGAUGAACAACAACACGGUGGCCACACACUUCUCCAGCAUCCUGGUCCAGCCCGACGGCCGAGGGAACGAGAUCGAUCGCGAAUGCCUCAUCGAUGAGGACUGCCCCCCGGGCAACUACUGCCUCUAUGAAGUCCUGCAGUCCAGGUGUCUUCCAUGUAAGGCUCUGCACACGACGUGCACGAAGGAUGAAGAGUGCUGCUCGGGCCAGCUUUGCCUGUGGGGCCAGUGUUCCGACAAUGGCACCAAGGGAGAGGCGGGCAGCAUCUGUCAGUACCAGAGCGACUGUAGCCCGGAGCUGUGCUGCGCCUUCCACAGAGCCCUCCUCUUCCCCGUUUGCACCGGCAGGCCCACGGAGCACGAGCGCUGCCACGGCCCCUCCAACCACCUGAUGGAGCUCCUUUCCUGGGACAUGGAUGGCGAGGGACCCCGGGAGUACUGCCCCUGCGGCCGGGGUCUCCAGUGCCAACCCCAGGGACGAGGCUCGCUUUGCCUGAGGCCACAGAACUCCUCCAGCGAAGAAGUGAGCGACUCGCUCUAUUCCGAGGCAGACUACAUAGUAUGAAGCACUCUGCUCAAGUCCGCGUCAAGCUUGCAGAAUCGUAUCUACGCUCAAGGCGACGUGCAGUCUGGCCGAAGGACACGUCCGAACCGACUCCAGCCCGGGAACUGUACUCGGCUGCUAAUUAUUGAGCUUUGCCCCACUGUACUCUUCUACCUCCCCCGAACGCAUCCCUUUAAAGAGGCCUCCAGGUCCGUGUUUAGCAUUUGCUGUCAUCGGUAUGCUCUGCCUCGUGUAGUCUGUGUGAGAAUCACGUGAGCCAUCUAGGAUUCUCGGCCCUGGGCCAAAGCUUCAGAUGUCUAUAUUAUGUUUCCUUAGGAAGCUCGGAGCAAGAAGUUCUCCUCUGAUGGCUUUGCUUUCAUUUGGGGACGAAUCAUCCAGGCAAAGAGCCCGGGCAGGUUUUACUGUAAUUCAGUGCUACUGUAGGUCGGCGCAAGUUUUACAUUCACCUGUUUUGAGUUUUCCUUGGGCAUAAAAGGACAGUAACCAACAUGAAUGCACUGUCAUUAGUAAUAAAGAAGGUAUACGCUUGUCUUUUGGUGUGCUACCACCUAAGUAUGUGGCUCUAUGCUCCACAGCACUAGGUCAUUUCCAGUGGAAAUCCCUUCCUUAAAUUAAAUACUUCAAAAUAA